UAUGGCUUUUAAAUGAUUGAGUUCUCAGACGCAGUCAGCGAUGAUGUGGAAUGCAAACUACAGUUAGCGGCCUAAGAAUGUCUCUUAUUGUGCAUACGAUCUAGUUUCAAAAACUAUGCACCCGCCUAACGCCAUACAGAUUAGAUUGAUUUUCCAUCUUCACCAACACGGUUGUGUGAGAUGAUGACCUCGAUGACGGCUCGUGACACUAGGGUCGGGUUGCGCAGGCGAAUCGGCCUUGGCGCGAUUGUCUUGACGAAUCAGGAUAUCGCGAAGUCGGUUGUCGCGCUCCGCACGCUGUCUCUGCGGAAUAGGCACCAACGAGAACAGACUUGGUUCGACCGUCAGGUGUUGAACGUCUUCUUUACCGACCCUCGAGAGGUAACGACAGAGGUAGCAGCUGGCGUUGAUACGUCUGCACUCGAAGUCGAGCCAGAGGAUAGUCAUAGCGUUUCCAAGGAAACUACAUCAUAUGAUAGCGAGGACGCUUCUCGAUCGGGACAAGAACUAGUGCUACUGCAAGAUGCGAAGGUUGUGGACAAGCGGCGACAGCCCACCAUGGGCAUGGCGCAAAGUGACUACCUGCUAGCAAAUAAGAAAAAAAGCGCACAUAGUCUGACUCAAAAAGAGGAAGCGGGAGCGGCUCCUGAAAGCUUGGUACCAGCUGGAGCGGUGGACGGAGCUACGCCAGGUAUAUUUGUGAGUAGACAUGAUCACUUUGCAUUUCGGUAGUUUUUCGUUUAUCAUGUGUACUGCAUGUUUUGGUUUCGAUUUCCAACGUCACGAUUCGUUGCGGUUCAGAUUACUUCUGGUGGUUCAGAAUGGUUACCUUCGGGUGCAUGAUUAAGGCUCUUUCGAUCGCGUCGUCGCUAUGCACACAAUUCGCUCCGCUGCCGGAGGUGACUCAGAUGCGGGAACAAAAAAAGACAGGAAGCAAAGAAGCACUCAGCUACGUGGCCAUUGCUUGUACUAUUUAACCCAAUUCAGAACGGACUUUGUUAGAACAUCGUCGCUACACCCUACGAGGUUAGCACAUGUUGUAGCUUGACCGCCAUUUAUCUUUUAGUAUAUCAUAGGGAUGUGCAGAGCCAGAGUAGAAAAUAACCAAACUGAAACUUAUCAGAUUUCUCAUGGAGCCUUGUAUUGUACGCAGAAAUUGAUAUGCAGGGGACCGACUACUUUCUUUGUUACUUUUGUGCCAAGGUACCGGUCUACAGUGGUGCAUGUACGGGACGUCGGCGUACCUGUACACUGGAAACCACGGUUUUUUGAUUGUGGUCUAUGCAAACGUGGUGGGCGCGUGUAUGGGUUGCUACUAUAGUUUCACGUUCUACCAGCACGUGGACCGAUCAACGCGACAAUGCGAGCGCAUGCAGCUCUACAUGGGCUGUGCAGUCACCCUUUUCACAAUGCAGCUUCUUUUUUAUCUUACACGCCCCCUGGAGCAGUUUCUCCUAGCGUCCGGCUGUCUGUCUGCGACUUUGUCGGUUGUCGUGACUCUAAGUCCGCUAGCUACGCUGCCAACGGUAUUGCGGACGCGUUCCGUCGAGUCGAUGCCAGUCGAACUUUCUCUAGUGAUUAUGCUCUCCCUUGCAUGAGUAGUACGAGAAGCAUAAGGUCCAGCGAUGUCCUUGUUUGCAACUGAACAAAAUUUGCCGCACUCUAAUGUACGCUUUGGCAGUUCGUGGCUCUGGCUCGCCUGCGGCUUGAUGCUACACGACUGGUGGAUCCUGAUACCGAAUUACGUUGGCAUUGCGGUAGGCUUCGUUUCGUGCUACCUCAUAUUCGGUUUUGCCGACCGCACCGGCAUUCAGCAGCGCAAAAUGAUGCAGUACCCUCAUGAUGCAGUAUCUUCAAUGGCCGCGAUGCAGAAUCUGAGUCACGAGUGUUAUGCCCGUGGCCGGGAGAGUACCGACGCUAUAACAUUGGUUUCGCAUAAUUUGUGCGAACCGAGCCAAUCUUGCGCGAAGUCACUCGAGGGUGGUCAGUGUGAGCAUUCUCCUCUUCUGACGAAGGAACAGGUGGUGGACAAGGGGAAGAUGAUACUCAUGGGCAAAGAACUCGUGAGUUCUAUCAGAGACGAAAAAAACCCAACUUCCUGCAGCGGCGGCCCCGAUCAACAACAUGCACCGAUGUCCAAAGCAAGCACGCGGCUGUCGACCAUCGGCGAGCCUCAAAGUAUGUCCUUCCGGAUCAGCUCAGCCGAUGCAGCCUCGUCCUUCGGAGAGCCUUACUAUGGCAGCUUUUCGCUCACUUCCGCUUCUACGGAAUGCAGUGAUUGCAAUUCCGACUACGUUAUGGGCGGCACAGGUGAAUCCUAGCCCAAAUGUCAAGGAGACGGGGAGUUGAUGGUUGCGCACUGUCAUCUGGUUCCUUUGUUUCUUAUUUUGUCAUUGGUUUCUGUUUGUCUCCCAUAGUAAGGAGAUGAGAAGACUUCCAUCUACUUGUUUCUCUCACCUUAUACUUUCGUUUUUCCAGCCUCUAUUGAUGCUACCGUGAUUACGACCAUAACCCAAUUUGGAUCUGGAUGCACGGAGCCAGCCCGCACGUCGAUAACCUAGAAAAUGAUUUUAUUCACGACUACUGAAUACUUGAUGGAAAGUGUAGUAGAAUAGAUACAGUUACAGAUGUCGGAGUCCUGCGCUGCAGAAACGACACAGCCAGAUGAUAUUUCCUUUAGGAUUUCAUUCAUACUUCAUUCUCACCCACUAUGUAUUCGGUAAAUCUCUGUGAUGUAGUUUUUUGAGAGCCUUUAUGCUCUAGUAGUUAAGCUUAAGCAUCGUGUCAAGGAGCGGUACUGUAAAUACGAGGAGGCUACUUUUUCGCUUAGUCUCUUCGCUACUCAUAAUGAAGGACGCAAAAUGAGAAGCAUUGGUAUCUUGGGGGAUGCGUUAUUGUACGACAUCAGAAGGGUAGUUCCGGUACGACUCCUCAUUAUUUUUUUGAUGGUCUCAUUCAAUGUCUGUCUCCAUUUCAAUCCCUGGUCAUGCCUAUCAAUCAAUGUUGACUAGAACAUUGGCGAUUCAGACGUCAUUUUGCGUGGUACCGACUUGUGUAGGUACCGGGUACGCUGACAUGAUCAUCUAUAAGAAGAUGUUUUAACCACAUCUGACAGAUGAAAUUUGCGUGACGGAUCCGAUGUGGCUCUGUGGACGAGUCACACUCGGGGAGCC